GUGCACUGUGUCCCUCGGACACAGCGGAUCGCCGAUCACGGAAAGAGUCGAAGAUGUCGGCUCGGUCAUGUGAUCAGCUGUGUCCAAUCACAGCUGAUCACAUGGGACAUGUACACUGAUCAUCAGGGCACUGAUGAUCAGUGUGCCCUGAUGAUCAGUGUAGCCCCAGCAGUGCCACCUGUCAGUGUCCAUCAGUGCCUUAUGUCAGUGUCCAUCAGUGCCUUAUGUCAGUGCUCAUCAGUGCCUCGUGCCAGUGCCCAUCAGUGCCUACCAGUGCACAUCAAUGCCACAUAUCAGUGCCCAUCUGAGCUGCCUUUCAGUGUCACCCAUCAGUGCCAGUCAGUGCCACCUAUCAAUACCAAUCAGUGCCACCUAUCAGUGCUGCCAAUCAGUGCCACCUAUCAGUGCCAAUCAGUGCCGCCUAACAGUGCCAGUCAGCGCCGCCUA